GGCUGCGGGGUGAAGAGGGGGGAUAGGCCGCGCUGGGAGCCGGGGGCUCGCGUAGAUGUGCUCGCCGGCGGAGACGCUUCCCGGGCCGGCCCCGGAGGGGGACCUGCCCCCGGAGUGGGAGUCGGACGAGGAGCGUAUGGCCUUCCUAUUCUCGGCCUUCAAGCAGAGCCGGGAGGUGAACAGCACCGAGUGGGACAGCAAGAUGGGCUUCUGGGCCGAGCUGGUGCUGGGCCGGGGCCGCCGCCGGGGGGCGGUGCGGACCUGCCUGCGGGAGCUGCAGCAGGCCUUCGAGCGCCGCGGCAGCGUCCCGCUGGGGCUGGGCACCGUGCUCCGCGAGCUGCUCAGACGUGGCAAACUGCAGAGGGAGUCAGACUUCAUAGCCAGUGUAGACUGCAGCUGGAUCUCAUGGGGUGUGGGAAUCUUCAUUCUGAAGCCCCUGAAGUGGACCCUGUCAAGUGUGCUGGGUGACAGUAAAGUGCCUGAGGAGGACGAAGUGCUGAUUUUUGUGGAGCUACUUCAGGAAAAGGCAGAGGAAGUGUAUCGCCUCUAUCAGAAUUCUGCACUCUCUUCCCACCCUGUUGUUGUCCUCUCAGAAUUGCGCUCACUCUGUGCCAGCAUAUGUCCGGAUGAGAGGACAUUCUAUCUACUGCUGCUCCAGCUGCAGAAGGAAAAGAGGGUCACGGUCAUGGAGCAGAAUAGAGAAAAGAUAGUGAAGUUUGCCCGAGGUCUGCAUGCCAAAGUAUCCCCAGUGAAUGAUGUGGACAUCGGGGUCUAUCAGCUGAUGCAGAGUGAGCAGUUGCUAUCACAGAAGGUGGAGUCCCUUUCCCAAGAAGCAGAGAGGUGUAAAGAAGAUGCCCGGAGCGCUUGUAGAGCUGGCAAAAAGCAGUUGGCACUGAGAUAUUUGAAGUCCAAGCGAAGGACAGAGCGGCGAAUUGAAGAGCUCCUUUCCAAGCUGGAUGCAGUUCAGGGCAUCUUGGAUCGUAUAUAUGCUUCUCAGACAGAUCAGAUGGUGUUCAAUGCCUACCAGGCUGGAGUAGGAGCUCUGAAACUGUCCAUGAAAGAUGUCACUGUGGAGAAGACAGAGAACCUGGUGGAUCAGAUUCAAGAGCUUUGUGACACCCAGGAUGAAGUCGUUCAGGCUCUGGCAGGAAUGUCGAUCAAUGGCUUGGCAGAGGUUGACAGUGAAGAACUUGAGAAGGAACUGGAUAGUCUCCUUCAGGACUCCACUAAAGAGCCUUUGGACCUGCCUGCUGUUCCCCAGAAGCCUCUACUUCCCAGCAUCUCUGAUAUUGAGCUUGAAGCAGAGUUGGAGAAGAAGGAUGGAGGUUUGGCACAAAAGACUGCUUCCAAAUAUUCUGAACCCAAAAGAGCUCUGGGACUGGGUCUCUAACAGCGUCCUGCUGCUGUAAUUUGAGAAGUUGUCUUAAGCUUGCUUAACUAGUGACCGUAACUUUCAAAAGUAACUUUUGGAGUGUGGGCUAAUGCCCCCCUCUUUACCGGAUAUCACUUCGCCAAACGACAGGAUCUACUGCCAUGACAAUCCACCCUUUCUGGAACUGAUCCUAUCUGGUGUUGCUGUCGUCUCUUUAGUGUCAAUAUCUACACUGUUCUCAGUUUGACUUGUUAUCCCAAGUCACCUACAAUGUUCACUCUUGCCAAUGAGCUCUGUCUUCCCUGCAGGAUUACAAUUCCUGAGCUCACCUACUUCAUAACAAUCCUCAGUUUUGCUAAGGCCAGCAUUGAGGAGACCCUGAAACGCAGUAGGAUCACAGCUGCUUGACCUCUGGCUGUUUGUGUGGUUGUGUAAAACAUUUGGCACGUAACAUAGGUACUGUUCUUGACA